AUGGAGACGAAAACACCUCCGGGGCCCCCAGCACCGGAAUAUUCCCAGCUGCCCGAGGUUUCAGCAGCAUUUGGAACCGAAGCCCCUGAAGCGGUUGAGAUGGGUCUCGACUCUGCCAAAGCAGUGACGGGGCCAUAUCUGACCUCAGAUAGCAACUGGAUUCCACCCCAAUACCCCAAACCGCCAGUACAGGCCUCACGCUCGCCUUUUCCCAUCCCUACCAGUGCCUAUGCAGACUCGCCAGCUCAUGGCUAUUCAACCCGCUCGACAAUAGGAGAUGGGGAGGGGCCCCGCAGGAAAACGGUACUCAUACUCUCCAUUCUGGUCGGGGUCCUCGCCGCUGCUGUGGUUGGUCUGGCAACGGCCACUGGGUUGAUGGCGAAGCGAGCCAACGAGGCUGAAACUGCCAAUCUCUCACAAAACGCCGUGGACGGGACCUUCUCGACAGUAACCACGACGGCAACAACGACGACGACAGCUACAGUUAUCGCUGCGAGUGGGACUGCUUCCCCGGUGCCGAUAAUAGACCUCUCGAACGGGUGUGGGGACAAAAACGAGAAGAUCUCGGGCACCACGUACACCACACAGAUUUUUGGGAAAGUCAGCUACGUGCGGUACUGCAAUGCUCAGCUGAAAGAAUUUCCCAUUUACGGCAUGCUCACGCUUGACUUCGAGGCGUGCAUGGAUGCUUGCGCUGCCUGGUCGUCCAAAGGCCCAGAGAUUCUCGGGAAGGACAACCCAAAUGCCAUCUGCGGUGGCGUACGCUUUGUCCCGGCCUGGACCAACCGGACCCUAGCGUGGGCUACCAAUGCUAGGGGGAACUGUUUCUUGCACAAGACCACCCAGACGGUAGACGAUUUACAGGAUCCAGAUUUGAAGGAUAAGGUACCUUGCCAUGCCGCCAUAUUAGUAGAGAAGCGGUAG